AUGUUACUUCCAUUUCGGUCUGUUUUGUUGCUUUACACAGUACUGCUUUCGUCGCUGGCAGUGAUGCUGCUUUGGAAACCCGAAAAAAUCGUUGACAGUGGUCUUGUCGGGUUGAUGGGUGCUGCCAUGGAAGUUGACCCGUUGGUGAUGACAAAAGACGCGAAGCCUCUGCUUUCGUUUUUGGGCCUUGUAUUCAUGCUGCUUUCUCUUUCAUACUGGGUUCCUCUCCUGCAGGACAAUAUGUCUUACUUUACCGCACUUGUUCCAAUUCGUGCAUUGUUCAACUUCGGUCUCUCAUCUUUCAUUUACUUGAGAAAGCAAAGUCCACUCAGCAACAGCCUUGCUUUUACUUUUGCCUUCUGCGACUUAAUCAUUCAUUUCUGGCUUUUCGCCUCGAUGAAUGAUGAGAGAAACAAGCUUCUGAAGAAAAAGGAAAAUGAAGAAAAAGCCAAUUAA